AGAGAGAUCCUGAGAGCUCCCUGCACAGGUGAUGUAAUGGUAUGUGAGAAUGAGCAGAAUUCUCAGCAGGAAGAUGCUGAGCACGUGGAUAAAUAUGGAGCAUUAUCACAAAGAUUGAAAAGGAAUGUGUCCAGAAGUCAUGAGCAGGGAAAAUCCUGUGAGAUUCAGCACAGACCAGAGAGAGAGCAGGGAAUCCACUCAGGAGAGAAAGUGGGUAAAUAUAUUUACUCUCAUGGAACUCAGCAGAACCUCAAGGAAACCACAACUCGGCAGGUCAUCCUUAUGGGAAAAAGAAAAAAUACAUACAUUUUUCCCACCAUCCGUGCAAGUGACUACUCACUCCUUUUAAAGCAUCAGAGAAUCCACACAGGGGAGAGGCCGUAUGCAUGCAGUGAGUGUGGGAAAAAGUUCACUCACAGAUCAGGCCUUUCUCAACAUCAGAGAAUCCACACAGGGGAGAGGCCCUACGAAUGCAGUGAGUGUGGGAAAACCUUCAGUCAAUGCACAAACCUUGUUAGUCAUAAGAGAACCCACACAGGGGAUAGGCCCUAUGCAUGCAGUGAGUGUGGGAAAACCUUCAGUUGA